CUCCGCUCUCUCCACCACCUUGCUCGUCGUGACGAACGCGCCUGCUGCUGCUGCUGCUAUCGACGCAGAUGCCACCGCCUCCCAGCGUCACAUCUGCCCGUGGGGGUCUCAGCGUGCCAUCGCGACGAGCGGACGAGGAGGGGAGAGAAGCAGCCGUAGCGACGGGAGCGGGAAGAAGAGGAGGAGGAGGAAGCGCUGAGCUUGGAGAUGCGUGAGACGAGAGAAUGGAGCCGAGACACGGCGACGCGGAGUCGUGUAGAGCAGCAUCAGCAGCAGCAGCAGCAACAGCAGGAGGCGGCUAUGGUUGCUGUGGUGACGAUGAUGAUGAUGGUGGAGGUGUCGGAGAAGCAUCGGGCGUGCUGCAGCAGCAGCAGCAUCACCACCACCAGCACCAGCAGCACCAUCACGAAGGCUGCGAGCGCGUGCUCGUGAACGUGUCCGGGCUGCGCUUCGAGACGCAGCUGCGCACGUUGGCGCAGUUCCCCGACACUCUGCUGGGCGACGCGGAUCGGCGUUCGCGCUACUUCGACCCGCUGCGUAACGAGUACUUCUUCGAUCGCAACCGACCCAGCUUCGAUGCCAUCCUCUACUACUACCAGUCUGGCGGCAGGCUACGCAGGCCGGCUAGCGUCCCCUUCGAUAUCUUCGCCGAAGAGGUGAGGUUUUACGAGCUGGGCGACGAGGCGAUGGUGCGCUACCGGGAGGACGAGGGCUACGCGAGGCAGGAGGAGGAGGAGGAGAGGCCGAUGCCGGCGAGCGAGUUCCAGCGCCACGUUUGGCUCCUCUUCGAGUACCCCGAGAGUUCGGGCGCGGCGCGCGGCAUCGCCAUCGUGUCGGUGGUCGUCAUCCUCGUCUCGAUCAUCGUCUUCUGCCUCGAGACGCUGCCAGAGUUUCGCGACGAGAAGGAGGUGGAGGCGUCUCUGCUCGUCAACAACAACGACGACAACAACAACAACGGGACGAGCGGAACGGACGUCGGCGGCUCGUUCGCCGACCCGUUCUUCAUCAUCGAGACCGUCUGCAUCGUGUGGUUUAGCUUCGAGCUCACGGCGCGUUUCGCGGCGUGCCCCAGCAAGCCGGCCUUCUUCAAGAACAUCAUGAACGUGAUCGACAUCGUGGCCAUCGUGCCCUACUUCGUGACGCUCGGCACGGAGCUCGCGCAGCGGCAGGGCAACGGGCAGCAGACGAUGUCGCUCGCCAUCCUGCGUGUCGUCCGCCUCGUGCGCGUCUUCAGGAUCUUCAAGCUGUCGCGACACUCCAAGGGGCUGCAGAUACUCGGGCGGACCCUAAACGCGUCGAUGCGCGAACUCGGCCUCCUCGUCUUCUUCCUCUUCAUCGGCGUCGUCCUCUUCUCGAGCGCAGUCUACUUCGCCGAGACUGACGAGCCCGACACGGACUUCACGAGCAUCCCCGACGCGUUCUGGUGGGCCGUCGUCACGAUGACCACGGUGGGAUACGGAGACAUGUGGCCCAAGACCGUCGGGGGGAAGAUCGUGGGCUCGCUGUGCGCCAUCGCGGGCGUGCUCACGAUCGCGCUGCCGGUGCCCGUGAUCGUCUCCAACUUCAACUACUUCUACCACCGCGAGACGGACGGCGAGGACCUGGGGCAGUACUCGCACGUGUCCAGCUUCAACGUGAACGGAGGAGGAGGAAGAGCAGCAGCAACAGGAGGAGAUGACGACGACGACAACGACGGAGACUUCUUGAAGCGCACGAGCAGCGAGAUGAGCGUGCAGAGCGAGAGGGCCGCCGCUUCUGGUGACGGGCUGUCGUUCAACAAGAGCUUGGAACUCGGCGCACACGUGACGAACCACCUGCCCGAGCACGCGGGAUUUAGAACCGACGUGUGACGAUGAUUUCGCGUCUCCAUCAUCGGUGGAGUGGCAGGGGUGGGGUGGGGCAAAGGAAUAUUCAUUGGGGGGAGGGGUGUUUUGUGUGUGUGUGUUUCUGUGUAUGUGUGUGUUUGGUAGGUGCUCGCUAACAGGACUUGCCCCUACAGCCUGUUGAGGCUAUACGGGGGAUCUUUGUCUUUGUGUUGGCACCUGUGGUGGGGAGCGGUGGUGUGUGGUGGUUAGCGCGCUGCGCUUUGAGUUCGAUUCCCGCUCACGGCCAACACCGGUGACGAUUGUCGGGAACCAUUACCGGGCCUCCCCUAGGUCGACUCGGCAUCAAUUGAGUACCGAGUGCUACGUGUAAAAACAAAAACAUCGCCACUAGGGAGACAAAGGCGGCCGGGCGUGUUGCUGACCACCCACCGACUCGUGUGCCGUGCCGGCCUUCAUAGGUGCUGCUCGCUAACAGCACUUGCCCCGACAGUCUGUUAAGGCUACACGGGAGAUCUUUGUCUUUGUGUUGGCACCUGUGCCAUCGGCGGUGUACAAUUAUACAACACGGGGACCUUUCUGGCAAUAUCAAAGUGUGAAAAAUAAUAAUAACAGGGUCUGCCUUCUCUGGUAAUCAAACAGGAGGCGUUGAGAUAUUCGAACGCCGAAUAAAUGAUUCCUGUUGCCAGGAAUCACCUUACUGCGUUCACCACACGCAGUGCCCGUGCUGAGCAUGCAAACAACAACAUGCUCUGCACUGGUCAACACACUUUUUUUUGCAUAAGGUAUUCCAACGGGUUUAAGGUAAUUUUGGGGUGCCGAUUCCAAAUCUGGCAUCAGUUUGUGUCCAUCACAUCAGGUUUUUGAGAUAUCAAAUAUUACAUUUUCAAUAAAAACUGCAGAAGAAAAAUAUUAAAUGAAUGUGGAUAUCUACAUACAAUGAUAUUAUGAACACACUAUCCUAAAAUAUAGAACCAUAUUUUAACACUAACGCAGUCACUGACUCACAACAACUUGAAAUCAUAAGUGACAGAGUUAAUUUCUGGUAAAAUCAAUGAAAAUGGGGUAUGCCGAUAGCGUAAAAAUGAUGUGAUAGAGCAAAUCUGAGAUCAGAUUUGGAAUCAGCACCCUGGAAUUAGUCUAAAACAGCUGCAAAAGUCCAGGCCAGAAAAAAAAGUUUUUUUUUUGUUGACCAGUGUAAUUCACCGUGUAACGAACAUUUCUUUUUACUUUUGGUCCUGGGUACUAAGUGUUAUUUCCUAAUUGCGUAUGCCUCAAACGUAUAGAAAAUUGCUGUUAUUCCCCACAAACUUUGCUUUUGUAACGAGAACAUUGAUAUUUAUAAAUGUACCUAUUUUCUAUGAUAAAACGUGGUGUGCAUUUGUGCUAUUCCUUCACGUAAAGUCCUGGUCACAAAAGCAAAGUUUGUUGGGAACAAUUGCCAUUUUUGCUCUUAGGUUUUUUUCGGUAAAGUCACGUAGGAAAAAAACAUUAAAAAAAUAAUAAUAGAAAUAAAAUAAUAAUAAAUGAAAAUAAUCUUCUUGGUUCUUUCGGUAAAAUCAC